GUGAGGACGACCGCUUUAAUAUUUUAUCUACAGUAGGCAAUGGCUGGACAGUCUACCAUCAACGGGAUUACCUUAUCCCCCGUAACUCGCCAUCCAUCUUCAUAGCCGCAAAAUUCUUGGAAAAAUAACAUUUUAAUACUCAAGUGUAAUUAUGGACUCCGUUUCUGCACCCCCGGUUUGCGGUGCUCUUGCAGUUCCAUGACUGGUGGGGAUUGGACACGGUAGCCCCACUCAGACGCGCUGUGACAGAAACAAGUCUCCUCAUCUGGGAAGACUCAACAACCCUCGCCUAGUAACGAGAUUUGAAGCCUCCCCUUUAUCAAACUAACGGGAUCGUCGGAUACCAAUGACUUAAAAUGACACCUUAAGUUACCCUCUUAUUACGCGCUGGUGUGUGCUGUCUCUGGUAUUAUUUUUCCUUUUCACAGUGGGAGCGAAAGAGCGGGGAAACAGGAAACUCGUCCAUCUCCAAGUUUUUCAGAUCUCAGGGGCGCAGUGGAGGGAGCGAGCGGCGAUGGCAGCCCGGAUGACAGCAGCGUUCGCUCUUCUGGUUCUCACCGUGGCAACUGCCUUGGGUGCGGAGAUAGAGGAGCGACUGGUGACCUACCUGCUGUCUCCAGAGCGCUACAACAAACUGAUUAGACCUGCUGUCAACAAGAGCCAACAGGUCACCAUCCAUAUACAGGUGUCCCUGGCCCAGCUCAUUAGUGUGAAUGAGAGAGAACAGAUCAUGACCACCAACUGCUGGCUGACUCAGGUAUGGAAUGACUACAGGUUGAUGUGGGACCCAGAGGAGUAUGAGGGCAUUAAGAAGGUCCGCCUCCCGUCUCAACACAUCUGGCUGCCUGACAUCGUCCUCUACAACAAUGCGGAUGGGAACUAUGAGGUCUCAUUCUACUCCAACACGGUGGUCUCCAACAAUGGAGAGGUGAACUGGCUGCCCCCCGCCAUCUACAAGUCGGCCUGCAAGAUCGAGGUCCGCGACUUCCCCUUCGACCAGCAGAACUGCACACUCAAGUUCCGAUCCUGGACCUACGACCACACGGAGAUCGACCUGAUCCUGCUCAGCGACUUCGCCAGCCGUGACGACUUCAAACCCAGCGGUGAGUGGGACAUCGUGUCUCUGCCGGGACGCAAGAACGAAGACCCCUCUGACAUCACCUACCUGGACAUCACCUAUGACUUCAUCAUCAAGCGCAAGCCACUGUUCUACACCAUCAACCUCAUCAUUCCCUGUGUCCUCAUCACCUCUCUGGCCAUCCUGGUGUUCUACCUGCCCUCUGACUGUGGAGAGAAGAUGACUCUCUGUAUAUCAGUCCUCCUGGCCCUCACUGUGUUCCUGCUGCUGAUCUCCAAGAUCGUCCCACCUACGUCUCUAGCUGUCCCUCUCAUAGGGAAGUAUCUGAUGUUUGCCAUGGUGCUGGUCACCUUCUCCAUCGUCACCAGUGUCUGUGUGCUCAACGUGCACCAUCGCACGCCCUCCACACACACCAUGCCCCCCUGGGUCAAACGUCUCUUCCUGCACCGCCUCCCCUCCUUCCUGUUUAUGCGUCGGCCGGCCAGCUCCAACAUCCGAGAGAGGUUCCGCCAGAAGCACCAGCGGCCCUCCUACUCCGACCUGAAGCUGAGAGACGGGGCAGUGGCAGUGGCCCCGGCCGCGGGGGGAAUGGGGGUGGCAGAGGGGUCUGGGAUAGGCAGGGCCGACUCCUUCUAUGUGAAUGAGGAGUCGGCCAAGCGGUACGGCUGGAAGAUCAGCGACCUGUCGGAGAACACAGAGUUCAGAAAGAGGAUGACAGUGAAGUGUCACGCAGACGUUGAGGAGGCUGUGGACGGGGUGCGCUAUGUUGCCGAGAAGAUGAAGAGUGAGGACAACGAUGAGGGGGUAAUCGAGGACUGGAAGUAUGUUGCCAUGGUGAUUGACCGGCUCUUCCUAUGGAUAUUUGUGUUUGUGUGCAUUACUGGGACUUUGGGGCUGUUCAUGCAGCCCCUAUUCCAGAGCUACAACACACCCACGGCAGACGACCUGGAGCAGAACUGACCUAUGACCUUUGACCCGAAACCUGACGCCCCCCAACACCCCCAUGAGGAACAACCGCCGCGAGUAAAACAGCUACUUACCAACACCUUGAAACAGAACUGUGUUAUUCUGACACACUCACAUACUGUACGCACACAGCACACCGGCCGCCACCACACCAACCAAUGCCCCUCAACCUCCCCUCUUAACAUCUUGUAUGGAACAGAGCAAUCCCACCAACCCUAGAAAAUGGGUCUGUUUUUCAUUUUAUUUCUGCAUUUAGUUUGAAAAGGGGAACCAAUCUUUUCUGCAGAGUUCCAGAAUAAUUUGCUGAGCCCAAAGAUCCACACACAUGACGAGCCAGACCCUGGCCAGAAGACGAGGACAGAGCCUCCAGUCUCUGCUACAGAGAAGGACAGCUCCUCCGUGUGUCCUCGUCCAGUGAAGCACACACACACACACACACUCACACACACACACACACACACACGACAAGCCAGACCCUGGCCAGAAGACGAGGACAGAGCCUCCAGUCUCUGCUACAGAGAAGGACAGCUCCUCCGUGUGUCCUCGUCCAGUGAAGCACACACACACACACACACACACACACACACACACACACACACACACACACACACACACACACACACGACGAGCCAGACCCUGGCCAGAAGACGAGGACAGAGCCUCCAGUCUCUGCUACAGAGAAGGACCGCUCCUCCGUGUGUCCUCGUCCAGUGAAGCACAGACACACAGACAUACAGUGCCUUGCGAAAGUAUUCGGCCCCCUUGAACUUUGCGACCUUUUGCCACAUUUCAGGCUUCAAACAUAAGGAUAUAAAACUGUAUUUUUUUUGUCAAGAAUCAACAACAAGUGGGACACAAUCAUGAAGUGGAACGGCAUUUAUUGGAUAUUUCAAACUUUUUUUAACAAAUCAAAAACUGAAAAAUUGGGCGUGCAAAAUUAUUCAGCCCCCUUAAGUUAAUACUUUGUAGCGCCACCUUUUGCUGCGAUUACAGCUGUAAGUCGCUUGGGGUAUGUCUCUAUCAGCUUUGCACAUCGAGAGACUGAAUUUUGAGCUUGAACUCAGUGAGGUUGUAUGGAGAGCAUUUGUGAGUAGCAGUUUUCAGUUCUUUCCACAGAUUCUCGAUUGGAUUCAGGUCUGGACUUUGACUUGGCCAUUCUAACACCUGGAUAUGUUUAUUUGUGAACCAUUCCAUUGUAGAUUUUCCUUUAUGUUUUGGAUCAUUGUCUUGUUGGAAGACAAGUCUCCGUCCCAGUCUCAGGUCUUUUGCAGACUCCAUCAGGUUUUCUUCCAGAAUGGUCCUGUAUUUGGCUCCAUCCAUCUUCCCAUCAAUUUUAACCAUCUUCCCUGUCCCUGCUGAAGAAAAGCAGGCCCAAACUAUGAUGCUGCCACCACCAUGUUUGACAGUGGGGAUGGUGUGUUCAGGGUGAUGAGCUGUGUUACUUUUACGCCAAACAUAACGUUUUGCAUUGUUGCCAAAAAGUUCAAUUUUGGUUUCAUCUGACCAGAGCACCUUCUUCCACAUGUUUGGUGUGUCUCCCAGGUGGCUUGUGGCAAACUUUAAACAACACUUUUUAUGGAUAUCUUUAAGAAAUGGCUUUCUUCUUGCCACUCUUCCAUAAAGGCCAGAUUUGUUCAAUAUACGACUGAUUGUUGUCCUAUGGACAGUCUCCCACCUCAGCUGUAGAUCUCUGCAGUUCAUCCAGAGUGAUCAUGGGCCUCUUGGCUGCAUCUCUGAUCAGUCUUCUCCUUGUUUGAGCUGAAAGUUUAGAGGGACGGCCAGGUCUUGGUAGAUUUGCAGUGGUCUGAUACUCCUUCCAUUUCAAUAUUAUCGCUUGCACAGUGCUCCUUGGGAUGUUUAAAGCUUGGGAAAUCUUUUUGUAUCCAAAUCCGGCUUUAAACUUCUUCACAACAGUAUCUCGGACCUGCCUGGUGUGUUCCUUGUUCUUCAUGAUGCUCUCUGCGCUUUUAACGGACCUUUGAGACUAUCACAGUACAGGUGCAUUUAUACGGAGACUUGAUUACACACAGGUGGAUUGUAUUUAUCAUCAUUAGCCAUUUAGGUCAACAUUAGAUCAUUCAGAGAUCCUCACUGAACUUCUGGAGAGAGUUUGCUGCACUGAAAGUAAAGGGGCUGAAUAAUUUUGCACGCCCAAUUUUUCAGUUUUUGAUUUGUUAAAAAAGUUUGAAAUAUCCAAUAAAUGUCAUUCCACUUCAUGAUUGUGUCCCACUUGUUGUUGAUUCUUCACAAAAAAAUACAGUUUUAUAUCUUUAUGUUUGAAGCCUGAAAUGUGGCAAAAGGUUGCAAAGUUCAAGGGGACCGAAUACUUUCGCAAGGCACUGUAACUCUUGCCUUCAGACGAAGAGGGAGAGACGCAUCUCUUUAGACAGGAAUGCCAGCAGGCUUGUUAUUUUGCUGUGAAACGGGAAGCCUUGACUGUCUCCCCUCACGCUACAGUGUGUUGACUGAGUACUACUGUACAGUAUUCGGGACUGCUUCUGGCCCCAGGUGGUCAGUCACCUGAUGGUCUUUGAAUGCGUUAACAUGAGCUUUUUUAGCCUACCGGGUUAUGUGUGUAAUUUUACGUUCAAAAUUGUUGUUCUUAUGUGUUCAAAGAGGAUGGGAACAACGGGAAGCUAGCUGUUGAGUAAAUACAAAAUGACCAUCAAACUGUUGUCACUCACCUUUGCUUCUCUUAAAGGUACAGUACGCCGGUGUAAGAAGUGUUCAUUCUCACAAGGUUUUCCAGGUAACCAGCAGCUGUACACAAACUCCAUAAGCAAACCGGUCAAACUGAACAGCGUUUGGCUCUGCACUAGCAAUCUUCCAGGCGGUAUAAACACUGCUCAGUAUUUUUUCAGAAAUCUUUAACCUAAGUCUGUGUUCAACUUAUUUAUUGUGACUGUCAUAUAUGCACUCUGUCACUGCUAUAAAUGCUAGCCAAGGGAAGGCAUACUGUACACAUUUCAAGUGAAGAGUUUUGUUCUCAUCUCAUGUAUUUCUUUUUAUCAGUGUAAAGAAGGUGUUUUUCUUCCGCUGGCCAGUUAUGUGACCUGUUUUGGUUUGUCGACCUGGACUGGUGUAUUCUGGGUAGCGCUCAGAAUUACAGGAAGUAACAAUGCUGAUGUCAUGUCAAAGAAGUCAAUAAAAGGAAAC